GUUACAUGAAGUUUGAUUUCUUUUCUAGCUUUUCAGAGUUUUAUGCAAACGCGGUCCACGGUCCACGAUCCACGGGUCUACCUAAUUAUUUUCCUUUAUAAUGCGCUGGUUCUUUGUCUUUCUAGUCUUGUUGCAGUGUCUCCUAUUAGCAGGACUGGGCUUUUUACCAACAGACCUGAUUCCUUACCAUGAGAUUCUUCCUCAAGACAAGACUCUCCAUUUCACAGGAUUCCUCAUCUUGACUUUUCUGGUUUUCUUUAUCUGGGACCAUCCUCAGUCUCUAUAUAACAUCCUCUUGACUGCUUUACCCGUCAGCAUUUUGGCCUUUGGAUCCGAGAUAUUCCAGCCGAUUCUCUCGCCUACAAGGACGUAUGAUAGCCAUGAUAUUGAAGCCAAUGCUACAGGUGCUGUCGUCGGACUUUGCUUGGCUAUCCUGGUGGAUUAUUUUCGAAAAGCACGGUAUUCACGUACCCAGGUUCGAUAUGAAACCCUUGAGAUGGUUUGAAAAUCGAUCCUAUUCGAGGUGUGUUACUGUACAAAAAGUGGAAAGGUUCAACACAUAAACAACGCUGUAAGGAAUCAAGGGAAGAUAUACAAAAAAAAAGCUUAUUCAAGAACGUUUGCAUCUGUUGACGGAUGCCUCAAACCAUUUUAGACUCCUCUAAAUUUCGCGUCACCAG